AUGGCGUUACGAGCUACAAAAGAGAGAGUUGCAUACUGGGCAACGAAACUCGAAUGCCCGGUUGAUGAGAAUGCGGACUAUGAGAAUACUUACUGGUGUAACCGAGACUUGAUUCCUAUACCGAAAGACCGCAGAACAUGGACUUGGCAAGGUUUUGCUGGGUAUUGGAUCAUAACGGGGGCGAAUAAUUCCGCAUGGACGGCUGGAUCCACACUCCUGGCACUCGGCCUCAGUGUAGGACAGUCGAUGGGAGUCAUUGUUGGAGCUUCAUUGAUUGUAUCUAUGAUCGCUGUAGUAGCCGGUUGGGUGGGCUCUCAUGAUUACCUUGGCUUUACUGUCAUGUCACGAGCAUCAUGGGGCAUGAUCGGUGGAUACUGGCCAGUCCUGAACCGUAUAGUCACUGCAUGUAUCUGGAUGGGCAUUCAAACAUAUUGGGGUGGUCAAGCCGUGAAAAUCAUCCUUGGAGCAAUCAUUGGACCGAAGUAUGCGUUCAUGAGCAACACCCUCCCAACUUCUGCGAAUAUCGAUACCUGCAGUCUGGUCAGCUUCUUCAUAUUUCUGGCGCUCUUCUGCCCAAUGUUGCUCAUCCCGCCUGAGAAGCUUCAACUGCCGCUGAAGAUCGCUUUCGUCAUGAUUGUCUUCAACAUUUUCGGCAUGUUAAUUUGGUCAGUAGAUACCGCCCACGGCGCUGGAACUCUCAUCAACUCGCCUUCAACUGAGGCGGGAAGCACACUUAGUUGGAACGUCUCAUAUGGCAUCCAGGCAGUCCUUGGUCUCUGGAGUGGAGGUAUUGUCGGCCAAUCAGAUUGGACUCGUUACGCAAAGACACCGAACGCGUCUCUCUUCGGUCAAGGAGUUACCUGCCCCUUGACCAUCAUUGUUACAGCACUCUGUGGCCUCAUCAUCACCUCCGCCACUGCUCAAAUCUAUGGCCAAUACUUCUGGAACCCAUUUGAGCUCCUCUUACACAUUCAAUCUGUUUCCAUGACUCCAGCAGCUCGAGCCGGGACCUUCUUUUCAGGUCUCUGCUUUCUUGCAUCUCAGAUGGCACUAUGUAUUGUCCUGAACGCCAUUUCCACGGGAAUGGAUAUGGCGGCCCUCUGCCCGAGAUGGAUAAACAUUCGUCGUGGAUGCUUCAUCCUCACCAUUAUUGCUGUGGCAAUCUGUCCUUGGAACUAUGUCAAUAACGUCACAACGUUCAUCACGGUUCUCUCCGGCUGGUCGAUCUUUUUGUCCGGAAUGACGGGAAUCUUGAUCUUCGAUUACUUCCUCGUUCGAAAAUGCCAGCUACACAAAGCAGACAUGUACACCAGCAACAGCACUUCAGCUUACUGGUAUACUUUUGGGUUUAAUUUUCGAGCAAUAGUUGCAUGGAUGAUGGGCGUGUGGCCGCUACUACCUGGGUUCAUCCGCAGAGUCCGAGGCGUAAGUGGCGGCAACGGUUGGGACCAUAUCUAUGAUCUUAGCUACUUUUUUGGCUUCCUUGUCUCAGGAACUAUCCAUUGGUUAUUGCAUACGGCAUUCCCAGCCCCGAAGCAGACUGGUGCAAGUCCAUUCGUAAUGGAACUACAUAGAACACGACCUGUUAAUGGACAUUAUGUGGAAAACCGUAAUAGGCAUGAUAAAGCCGUCGUCCUAGGAAGGGAGCAAGUUUAGGGCCUCGAGUUUGGCUAGUGGGUGAGCCGGUCACGUGGUGGCGGACUGGACGGAUGGGCUUGGGAGCACUUCAAAAUAAUACAAGGGGCCGCAUAGGCAGAUGCAAAUACAAAGCCAG